UCGCCGCCGCCGUCGCCGCCUGGCUUGCCGGCCGCUCGCGCGCUGCCUCGGCCGGGGCCCGCAGCCAUGGAGGACUUUAUCGUGAUCUCGGACGACAGCGGCUCCGAGAGCUCCGGGGGGACCCGCUCGGGCCGGGCGCGGAGGCUCCGCCGGGCCCUGUCCCGGACCCCCGGCGCGCUGCCCCGCCGGACUGUGGACUUUAUUGACUUAACUAGAGAAACCAGACCAAGGACAAAGGAUCGCAGUGGACUCUGUGUGAUUGACCUGACAAGAACUGAAGAAGAAAGUAGACCUAUUGCCACUCUUGAUUUGACUUUAGAACCUGUCACUCCUUCCCAGAAGGAGCCAACCAGUCUUCAGACAUGUCCCAGCCUCUCCGGCAAAGAGAUGGUAGAAGGGCGAGUGGACAGGAGCUCUCGACCUGCGGCACGGAGAAUCAUUAACAGUGAUCCUGUGGAUUUGGACUUGUUGGAAGAAAAUACAUAUGAAGGUCCCCAACCUCCUACAUCCAUAAGUGAGGACUCUGUUUACCCAGCGGAGCCAAAUUGUAGCACAACCACGUUCAAAGGUGACCUCAACUUCUUGGCAAGGUUACAGCUGUCUUCAGAUGUUAGCUCCCUCUCCCCAGCAAGCAAUAAUGGUAGCAGCAGCAAUCAAAGGGCACCCCUGCCAUGUCCACAGCAAGAUGUGCCUUGCCCACUACAAGCCUUGCCAUGCCCACUACGAGCCUUGCCAUGUCCAUUGAGGGCUUCUCCAUGUCCACCACGAGCCUCCUCAUGUCCACCACGAGCCUUGUCAUGCCCAUCACAAACCAUGCAGUGCCAACUGCAAGCUUUGCUUCAUCCACCUCAAGAAGUGUCAUGCCCUCCUCAAGAUGUGCCAUGCCCUCAGCAGAAUAUGCCAGCCGCACCUCAAGACACAUUAUGGCAUCCUCAACACUUACCAAACCCACCUCAAGACUGUCUGGGCCUACCUCGAAAUGUACCAGGCCCACCUCAAAACACAUUAUACCCACAAGAUGUGGCACACCUGCAAGACAUGCCACAGUCACCAGGAAACAUGCUGCAGUCACCAGGUGAUAUGCCACAGUCUCCAGGAGAUGCACCUCAGUCACCAGGCAAUGUGCCACAGUCACCAAGAGAUAUGCCACAGUCAUCAGGUGAUGUGCCACAGUCACCAGUGAACAUGGCACAGUCUCCAAGAAACAUGCCACAGUCACUAGGUGAUAUGCCACAGUCACCAGGAGAUGUGCCAUACUUACUGGGAGACGUGCUACAUUCACCUGGAGACAUGCUACAUUUGUCAAGAGACAUGCCACGCUCAUCAGAGGACAUGCCACACUCACCUGGAGACAUGCCUCAAUUACCAAGAGACAGGCCUGACUCUCCCCAGAAUGAUGUACAGAAUAGAAACACUCCUAUGGAUAUCUCAGAUCCAUCCUCUCUGAGCUGCUCUCCCAGCCCACAGUCUCCAGAGUCUGAAACUUCCUUAGAGAAAGUUCCUUGGCUCUCUGUCAUAGAAACCCCAGCCAGAAAAGAGAUAUCACUGUCAGAGCCAGCCAACCCCGGGCCUGCCCAGGUACAAGCACGGACACCACAAGGUGGGCUGUACAACAGACCAUGCCUGCAUAGGCUGAAGUACUUCCUGCGACCGCCGGUUCAUCACCUCUUCUUCCAGACACUAAUACCAGAUAAAGACACAAGAGAGAACAAAGGUCAAAAAUUAGAACCCAUCCCUCAUCGAAGACUAAGAAUGGUGACAAACACCAUUGAAGAAAAUUUUCCCUUGGGGACCGUGCAGUUUUUGAUGGACUUUGUGUCACCCCAGCAUUACCCACCCAGAGAAAUUGUGGCUCACAUCAUCCAGAAAAUCCUGCUCAGUGGCUCUGAGACUGUGGAUGUCCUAAAGGAAGCCUACAUGCUUCUCAUGAAAAUUCAACAGUUACAUCCAGCCAAUGCCAAGACAGUGGAGUGGGACUGGAAACUGCUCACCUAUGUCAUGGAGGAAGAGGGACAGACUCUGCCUGGGCGAGUCCUUUUUCUGCGUUAUGUAGUACAGACCCUUGAAGAUGACUUCCAGCAGAUCCUGAGGAGGCAACGGCAGCACCUGCAGCAAUCCAUUGCAAACACUGUGCUGUCUUGUGACAAGCAGCCCCACAAUGUCAGGGAUGUUAUCAAGUGGCUGGUCAAAGCAGUGACUGCAGAUGGAUUAACUCAGCCCCCAAAUGGGAAUCAAACCUCUUCAGGAACAGGAGUCUUGAAAGCCAGCAGUAGCCACCCUUCUUCCCAGCCUAACCUGACAAAGAACACCAAUCAGCUGAUUGUGUGCCAGCUUCAGAGGAUGCUAUCCAUAGCCGUGGAGGUGGACAGGACCCCCACCUGCAGCUCCAAUAAAAUUGCUGAGAUGAUGUUUGGAUUUGUGCUGGACAUUCCUGAGAGGAGUCAGAGAGAGAUGUUCUUUACUACCAUGGAAAGCCAUCUUCUGCGCUGCAAAGUGUUAGAAAUCAUAUUCCUCCAUAGCUGUGAGACGCCCACUCGCCUGCCCUUGUCUCUGGCCCAGGCCCUCUACUUUCUGAACAAUUCCACGUCACUGCUCAAGUGUCAGUCGGAUAAAACACAGUGGCAGACUUGGGAUGAACUGGUUGAGCAUCUGCAGUUUCUGUUGUCCAGUUAUCAACAUGUUUUAAGAGAGCACUUACGGAGUUCAGUGAUUGAUCGAAAAGACUUAAUAAUCAAAAGGAUUAAGCCAAAGCCCCAGCAAGGAGAUGACAUCACAGUGGUGGACGUGGAGAAGCAAAUCGAGGCCUUCCGCAGCCGCCUGAUCCAGAUGCUGGGGGAACCUCUCGUCCCCCAGCUCCAAGACAAAGUGCACUUGUUGAAGCUCCUCCUCUUCUAUGCCGCGGACUUGAACCCUGAUGCAGAGCCCUCUCAGAAGAACUGGAGCAGCUCCUGAGGGCCUUCUAAGCACUGCACACCAAGAAUACCUCCUGAACUCUAUCUCCAACUACUUAGAAGCUCUAAAAGUAUGAAAAGUAGUCAGUCUUACAGGACCAAACCUAUCUUAUUUACCUACAGGUUGUAAUAACUUUCUCUUUAGUAAAUAUCUUUUUUUUUAAAUCCUAUCCUAACCUGUUCUCAAAUAUGGCUUAAAUAUACAAGGUGUAUAUAUUUUUUAAUAAAUUAUUUAUCUAUACUUUUUUGAAA